AUGUGAUUGGGCGUGAUUCCGUCCUGCGUGUCUGUUCUGAGGAGCAGAAGGCAGUUUCCUCCGUCCGACUUCUCUCACACCGAAGUGCGCGCCUCCACCUCAUGGAAGACUCGAUGGACAUGGACAUGAGCCCUCUCAGGCCUCAGAACUACCUUUUCGGUUGUGAACUAAAAGCUGACAAGGAUUAUCACUUUAAGGUGGAUAAUGAUGAGAAUGAGCACCAGUUAUCACUAAGAACGGUUAGUUUAGGGGCAGGGGCAAAAGACGAAUUACACAUCGUAGAGGCAGAAGCAAUGAACUAUGAAGGCAGUCCAAUUAAAGUAACACUGGCAACUUUGAAAAUGUCUGUACAACCAACAGUUUCUCUUGGGGGCUUUGAAAUUACACCACCUGUGGUCUUAAGGUUGAAGUGUGGUUCAGGGCCUGUGCACAUUAGUGGACAGCACCUAGUAGCUGUAGAGGAAGAUGCAGAGUCAGAAGAUGAAGAUGAGGAAGAUGUAAAACUCUUAAGUAUGUCUGGAAAACGAUCUGCUCCCGGGGGUGGUAACAAGGUUCCGCAGAAAAAAGUAAAACUUGACGAGGAUGAUGAGGAUGACGACGAAGAUGAUGAGGAUGAUGAAGAUGAUGAUGAUGAUGAUUUUGAUGAUGAGGAAACUGAAGAAAAAGUUCCAGUGAAGAAAUCUGUACGAGAUACCCCAGCCAAAAAUGCACAAAAAUCAAACCAAAAUGGAAAAGACUUAAAACCAUCAACACCAAGAUCAAAGGGUCAAGAGUCUUUCAAAAAACAGGAAAAAACUCCUAAAACACCAAAAGGACCUAGUUCUGUAGAAGACAUUAAGGCAAAAAUGCAAGCAAGUAUAGAAAAAGGUGGUUCUCUUCCCAAAGUGGAAGCCAAGUUCAUUAAUUAUGUGAAGAAUUGCUUCCGGAUGACUGACCAGGAGGCUAUUCAAGAUCUCUGGCAGUGGAGAAAGUCUCUUUAAGAAAAUGGUUUAAACAGUUUGAAAUAAUUCCAUCUUACUUAAUUUCUGUAACAGUUGAUAUAUCCGGCUGUCCUUUUUAUAAUGCAAAGUGAGAACUUUCCCUACUGUGUUUGAUAAAUGUUGUCCAGGUUCCAUUGCCAAGAAUGUGUUGUCUAAAAUGCCUGUUUAGUUUUCAAGGAUGGAACUCCACCCUUUACUUGGUUUUAAGUAUGUAUGGAAUGUUAUGAUAGGACAUAGUAAUAGUGGUGGUCAGAUGUGGAAAUGGUAGGGAGACAAAUAUACAUGUGAAAUAAACUCAGUAUUUUAAUAAAGUAAAAAAAAAAAAAAAAUGUGAUUAAGCAGAAAAGCAAGCACAACCAUGCCUCCAAUGAGAAACCCAGUUAAUGGGAAAAUUGAAGCAGGACCGCGGCCUGGGAGGGAGAGGAAAGCAACCGCGCUUUGCCAGUAUGGCUUUGCCCGGUGGUUAGAAUGUCCUUGUUUGGCUAAUUUCAGAGUUGCAGGGACAGGAGUUCCCAGAAACAUGUGUGCCUGACCUUCUGUCUUGGGAUAAACAAACAUGGUGUCUCCAGGCUUUUCAAAGGGUCUUGGGUACAGAGUGACACGAUCCAGACCACAGGAACUCCAGUGCCAACCUGCUGCCAGCUCCCCGCAGGGGCCCUGUUGCUAUAAACACGGGCACAGGAGGCCAGGGCAAGUUUGAACACUUCCAGGGGCAGUUCCAAGGUCUUCCCGAAGCCCAGGAACAAAUGGGGCUUAAAGGGAAGAACGGAGCCUCCCUGGCAGGGUAGCAGUGCUGACCUCAGAAAACACUGAAGGACGAGUGUGCUCAAGGCUGUUGGGACUCCUGUGAGUGUCAGCUUCAAGUGGGGGCUGGGGGUAAGGGUGGGCGUGGGGGUUAAUGGCUGCUACUGUGGGAAAAGACUGGACAGUCAGCAAGAUGUUUUGAUGGACCUACAGGUUAGCAGGGGGAAAAAAGGAAAGAAAAAAAGCCAAGGGCCCGAGCCGUGCCUUGAGGCUGGAGAGAUGGCUUCAUGGUUAAGAGCACAGGAUGCUCUUGCAGAGGGUCAUGGGCUGGAUUCCCAGCACCCACAGGGAAGCUCACAGCCAUUUGUAACUCCAAUUCCAGAGAAUCUAACUUUGCUCUUCUGUCCUCCAAAGGCAAUGCACAUGCGUGGUACACAGACAUACAUGAAGGCAAAACACCCAUGCACAUAAACAUAAGAAUUAAAAAAGAAAGAGAACAUUUGUACAAGCCGAGCACAGCAGUAAGUGCGUAUAAUCCCAGCACUAGGAAGGCGGAGACAGGUGGCUCCCUUGGAUGACUGGUCACCCUGCCGGGCCUACUUGGAGAGCUUCAGGCUCCUGAGAGACAGUCUCAAAAUAUAUGGACAUCACCUGAGGAAGGAGAAUGACCUACAGCCUUCACACACAUACAUGUGUGCUGCACCUGGGUACACAUGCAUGUGCUCACACACUCAGCGCCACACAAAAUCCCCAGUUGGAGGUGGGUAAAAUGGCCGCAUGGCCAUUCCUCUUGAUGGUAAGGAGAUCUUCCAACUUGAGAGCACAGAGUCUAUAUCGCCCCCUUUGAAGGCCCAAGGUUAGGUUGCUGAUUUCCACUCCAAGGGGCCCUUUAAUUUGAUUUCUGGGAAGUUUCCAUACCUCUUUCCUGCUCCACUUCUCUUCCAAGGUACCCUGGUCACCUGGGCCGUGGGCAACACCUUGUCAGUGAAAGGUCUUGGGCUUGGCCCUCUGGAAUCAUUAGCAUGAGGACCAGAGCCAAGCCAGGGGCUCUGUUUCACGGUUUCCUUUCAAGGGAAAUCAUCUGAUAUGGCCCAGCCACGCAGCACUGCAGUCUGGAUAGGCACAAACAAAGCAGGGGAAUUCUAAUUCCGAGACUCAACCCCCUUUCUACGCUAACACUGGUAAUUGCUCUCUACAAAAAUAGAGACAGAGAGAGAGAGACAGAGAGAUAAUAAAACUUAUCUUUAACUGGCUCCAGAAAACCCCAUAAAAGGCUGAUGAUUUCCUCAGCAUUUCCCACGAGCUGCCUUCCAUGCGGUCAUCAUACCAAAGUUCAAAUUUUCCCAGGGUCAGGGAGACACCUGGGCAAACUGAAAAUACAAACAAGACCUGAGUGGGGAGUCAGGAGAAGCAGGUUCCAGCCACUGUGACCGCUGGCUCUGUUAGCACCCCUUGCCCUUCUCUGGGUCUUAGUUUCCUCAGAUUAAGUUAAAAACCAGGACAUUGUAUCAUAUGGUUUUACUCUCCAGUGUGUAGGCACCUUAUUCUUAGCUUUCUGCCUUCUGGGCUGGAGUGUAGCCCAGUGGUAGAGCACUUAUCUGGCAUGCACAAAACCUUGGGGUCCAUCCCUAACCUUAAAAAAAUGUAUUUCCUUAUCUUCCUCAUCUUUUAUUCAUUUUAAGAUCUCAUUUUUAAUUAUGUGUAUGUGUGGGUAUAUGUGCACAUGAGUGCAGUGCCUUCAGAGGCCAGAAGAGGGCAUCAGAUCCUUUGGUGCUGGAGUUACAGGUGAUUGUGAGCUGCCAAUAUGGAUGUUAGGAACUGAAUUUGAGUCUUCUGGGAGGGCAACAGGCACUCUUAACUGCUGAGCCAUCUCUACAGGCUUCCCAUCUUUAUUAGAUACGACCUCAUGUGUACAGAAGGCUCUGCUUGGGUGUGGCACUGCUACCCAAACCAAACCAAACCAAGCAGAAAUCAUGUCUCCAGACUGCCUUUCUCAGUCAGUACCUUCCUCUUCCCUCUUACUGUGGUAGGGCAGUUUUUGCUAAGACCUAAAUACCAGCUUUUCCUUCCUCUUGCAGGGCCAUGUCCCUCUACACCUGGGAGAAGGGCUGGCUCCCACCUGAGUCUCCUCUAGGUGGUCUCUUUCUAUGUUUUGUUCUCUCUGGAAGUGCUGGGUUCUGUGUGGACCACAAUUCAGACCAUCACUAGGUGAGUCAACCCUAGCAGCCCGUGCCUUCAAUGUGCAGGGAAGGCAGGCAUGGGACCCUUCUCUUUUCACACCAUCACUCGAGAGUGAAUGUGUGGCUUCACUGGCAGCCAGAGGAUGUUCCAACACAUAGGAGAGCGUUUUUAUGAGCAGCCAGGGCCACACUUCUGGUGCUUACAAGAAAAGCUGCAGGCAAUGGGACACGUGACAGGGCACACCUGAUCUGCCCCCUGACCUCUCUGCCUUCCUCCCUGAGACACAGUCUUCUUAACAAAUGUUCUCUGUGAGAUGCUGUGAUUGGACUGCAUCACCCACGAACCAUGCAUUGGGGGAGACGGCUCAGUCCUUAAAGUACCUGCCUUGACCAGCAUGAGGACCUGGGUUGGAUCCUCAGAGCCCAUGUCGUGGUGGGGGACAGGGGGCACUGAGGAGAAGGCUCAGUGGGUAAGAUCAAUUACUAGACCCGAGUUCAAAUCCCCAGUACCCAUGUAAAAAUCCUGGACAUUGCCACAUGUGCCUGUCACUCUGCUGUUAGGAGGCAAAGGCAGGCCUAACCCAGGAGCUUGAUGGCUAACCAGCCUAGUCCAAAAUAGUGAUUUCCCUCCUCUGGCCUCUGUGGGUACAUACAUACACCCCCUUAUCACUCUCUCUCUCUCUCUCUCUCUCUCUCUCUCUCUCUCUCUCUCUCUCUCUCUCUCACACACACACACACACACACACACACACACACACACACAGAGCCAUGGCACGGUGUCACAUACUUGUAUCCUAGCAGUGGGGAGGCAGAGACAGACAAUCUCCUGGGCUUGCUGGCCAGGUAGUCUAGCCUAAUUAGCCAGCCCCAGGCCAGUGAGAGACUGUGUCUCCAAAAAAUAAAUAAAUAAGGUAUAUGACUACUGAGAAAUGACACCUAGGAUUGUCCUUAGGCCUCUACAUGCCUACACACACAUGCUAAAUGUGCACACACACCUACAUACAUGAACACACACAAACACAAGAGGUCAAUGUCAGGUGUCCCCUCAACUGCAUUUCCACUUCAUUUUCUGACACAAGGUAUCUCGGGGAAACUGGAGCUCCCUGGUUCAAUCCAGAGAGCACUCACAAUCUGCUGUCACUAAUGCCUACCUCCCAGGGCUGGAGUGAAAGGCAUGCAUCGUCAUGACUGGCCUUUCAUGUGAGUGCUGGGGCUUGAACAUGCGUCCUUACCCACUGAGCCAUCUCCCUCAGCCAGAUCUUCCUUCAACAACAGCUUCUGGUGUCCCUCGGAAACUCUCUGGAAACCUGAAAAUUAUUGAAGUUCUCAGAUGAUGGGGCCAGCUGUUUCUCAGUUUCUGUCUCCAUGGGUGAGUGUUCGGGGAUUCUGAGUUUGUUUGCGUGUGUUCAGGGAAAGAGGGAAUCCUUCCGGCUAUAAGGGCAGCAAACAGAGGGAUGCCUGACUCAACUUGACACACCUGGGAAGAGGGGACCUCAGCUGAGGAAUUGUCUCCAUCAGAUUGGCCUGUGGGAACUGUUGAUUGAUGAUUGAUUGAGGAGUACCCCGCCCACUGUGGGUGGUACCAUUCCCUGGGCAGGUGGUCCUGGGUUGUAUAAGAAAGCAAGCUGCGCACAAGCCAGCGAGAGCAAGUCAGUAAGGGCAUUCACUCCUCCGUAGUCUCUGUUUCAGUUCCUCACUCCAUGUUCUUGCUUAGUUCCUUCCCUGCCUUUCCUCAGUGAUGGACUGUGAUGAGAAAAUGUGAGUCAAAUAAACCCUCUCCUCCCCCAAGCCGCUUUUGGUCAUGGUGGUUAUGGGUUCCCAUAACACAGCGACAUCUGGGGUGCAGUCACCACUACUCCAGGGUGAACGUCUAACCAUGUAGGCGAGCCCUUCGCUUUAAUGUGAAGAACUGACUGCAGUUACUACGGUGCAGGGCCCCUGGAGAGUGGACACUCCAUAAAGACAGGCUGUUGAAGCAUAAACAUGCAGUUACCCACUGAGACCACCAGAUGGCAACACACCAAAGGUCAUGAUAGAGCAAUGUUCCGGCCUGGACUUUUCAAAAAAAAAACAAAGAAGAGGAGGGCAGUAGUUGAA